AUCCAUCUCAGGAAAAUGAACCUGAGUAUCAGUUUAUUGAGUGUUUUACUGGUUUCUGCGGUUUGGGCAGAUCGUCCACAAUGGCGGAAAAUUGACGGAGAUCUUGCUCAAGAGCCUGAAAUUCAACCUCUUCAGGAAGUAGACGAGUCAUACAGACUACCCAAUGUCGCCGUGCCUUCACACUACAAUCUAAAUCUCAGGACGUCUAUUCAUGUGAACAAUCGAGAGUUUCAGGGAAUCGUAGAGAUUUUCUUUGACCUUCUGCAGAACAGCGACAAAGUGACUGUCCACAAUAGGCAACUUUCAAUCUCGAGUGUGAGUCUGUUUUCCGUAGUCGGGGGACAGAACCUAGUUGAUGUUGCAGUAAUGUCAUUUGAAACUGAUGCUCGUACAGAGCAUUUGACUAUUCAAAGUGAAAACCUUCUCCAACAAGGUAGUUACAUGGUGAGGAUUCAGUUCACUGGCAGGUUGCAGAACAACAAUAAUCAAGGAUUCUUCGCGUCGUCCUAUCUGGAUAAUGAUGGCCAAACACACUAUAUUGCUUCAAACAAAUUCGAACCACAUCACGCCAGAUCGGCUUUCCCUUGUUUUGAUGAACCGAAGUUGAAGGCCUCUUUCUCCUUGUCUCUAACGCACCACAAAGAUUACCACUCUGUGGCCAAUAUGCCCCAGGACGGUAUGCUAUUGGCAGACUCGCAGGACCCAGAUUUUGUAGUGACCCGAUUCCAACGAUCGACUGUGAUGUCGACCUAUCUGGUAGCUUUCGCCGUAACUAACUUCGCCAUUCGUACCAAAGGUGCUCAAACAGUUUACGCUAGACCGAAUGUGUUCGAGGAGACGGAAUAUCCACUGGACGCCGGUAUCGACAUAUUGAAUGCGUUGGGAGAUUAUCUGGGUAUUUCUUACAUCAACCAUAUGCCUAAAAUGACCCAGAUUGCGAUUCCAGACCGCGGCACAGGUGCAAUGGAAAACUGGGGUCUCGUCGCUUACGGUGAACCCGUUCUGCUAUUCAACCCGGCUAUCAAUUCUUAUCGCACCAAGAAAUCGGUCACAACCAUUAUUGCCCACGAAUACGCCCAUCAGUGGUUCGGUAAUCUUGUCAGCCCAGAUUGGUGGACGUAUAUUUGGCUCAAUGAGGGAUUUGCUACUGUUUACGAAUAUUUGGCGGCGACCUUGGCCUACCCAGAAAACGACUAUUGGGCCCUUUGGAACGUCGAAGUCAUCCACAGCGCCUUUGCAGCCGAUGCUCGGGAAACGGUGCGUCCGAUGAACUGGAAUGCCGGCAGUCCGAAUGAAAUCGCAGGCUUGUUUGAUACCGUAGCGUACGAUAAGUCGGGAAGCGUUUUGAACAUGUUCCGCGAAGUAAUGGGGGAUGCAAAUUGGCGAUUAGGACUCACUGAUUACUUAAAUCGACGAAAACUAAACGUGGCUACAGAUGCUCAUCUCUACGAAGGAUUGCAGGUCGCUUUGAACGCACAGGACAUAAUUCAAAGCGCUUUGUCUAUUCAGCAGCUGAUGGAAUCAUGGACCAAUGCUCCUGGUUUUCCUCUUCUAACGGUACGCCGUGAUUAUCAAAACGGUGUCGUCUAUUUGUCCCAAGAAAGGUUCCUCAGCGACCGUGUACUGCCAAAUACUCAUGUCUACCACAUCCCAUACAACUACGCUACGAAAUCGAAUGCUGAUUUCAGCACUCAGAAGUUCGACUGGCUUUCAAGCAAAGCAGAAAAAAUAUCUACUACUGCUUCUGCAGACGAUUGGAUCAUUUUCAACAACCAACAAACUGGAUACUAUCGAGUAAACUACGAUCUUCAGAAUUGGAAGCUCAUCAUUAACGCUCUACUGGAUAAUCCUGAAGCAAUUCAUGUUCAAAAUCGUGCUCAGCUCAUUAACGAUGCCUUCAACUUGGCCCGAGCUGAUCGUCUAGAUAUGGCCCUUGCUUUGGAACUACUGACCUACCUCAAAAAAGAAAACACUUAUCCCCCUUGGGCAGCCGCCAGUACUGUCCUGACCUACUUCAACAACAAAUUCCGAGGAACUCCCUACUAUGAACCUUUUGUUAACUUUGCCCGAGAGAUUCUCACACCAAUCUAUGCAACACUUCCGAUUGAUUCCGUCCCACAAGGCGAAACGAUGCUACAGAAAUACCUGAAGCAAACUAUCUCUACCUGGGCAUGUCGAGUUGGCGUUCAAGAUUGUCUCAACAGAGCAGCUCGAGUAGUCUCACAAGCUGUAUCCGACAAAAAACCAGCCCAUCCAGAUAUCUCAACAACCAUGUAUUGUUUCGGCUUACAAAAUGCAGGAGAAGCAGAGUACGUUUGGAUAUAUGAAUGGCUGCUAGCAUCCAAGAAUCAAGCCGAACGUGCAGUAUUGAUCGAUGCGAUGGGAUGCUCUCAGAACAAAGAAUUCCUUAUCGCGUUCCUCGAGACCUCGAUCUUAGGAGGAUUUAAUUUCUUGGAAACGGAACGCACUCGAAUCGUAAUGUCCGUCUACGCCGGCAGCCGUAUUGGAGUCGACGCACUAAUCGAGUUCCUGAUGAUGGAAGAUGCAUUGGUUGAUGAGUUCAUUAGCCGAUUGGGUCAGAACACGCUGAACAACGCCAUCGCAAACAUUGCAGUUCGUACCAAUAACGGCGCUGAGCUUACUCAACUAGAGACACUGUUGGCCAGGUUGGGAUCGAAGGUGAGUGCUGCUACUGCAACUUCAGCUCGGAAUACUGUGGCCAAUAACUUCGCUUGGUUCACGACCUUCGAAGGAUUGGUUUCGGUGGAGUUUUACGAACCUCGGACGGUAACACACAACUGGGAAUUGGUCAACAAUCUAGGGGUGUCGAUCAUUACUGAUUUUCAUGAAAUCUUCAACCAUAAAAGUGAACUUGAAUUAUGGACCGAUAAGUUCAUUGAUAACUUUAUUAACCCGAUUGUCCUGUAUUGUCUUAGAAAUGCGAGAUACACCGUAUCUUAUCUUGCACCUCGCAGGUCUGUAGAAAAUUUUAGCAAUAUAAAGCCGUUAACGAGAGUUUUAGAAGCUUUAGUUCAACUUUUGCCGUCUAUGGCAAACCACCUUGAGAAAAUGGGCCUGAGAAAAUUUCUGUUUUGUGCUUUACUAUUUAGUGUAGUUUGGGCAGAUCGUCCACAAUGGCGGAAAAUUGAUGGAGACCUAGCACCAGAGGUUCCAAUACAACCUCUUCAAGAAAUCGACGAGUCAUACUUGCUACCGAGAAGUGCCGUGCCUUCACACUACAAUCUGAACAUCAAGACAUCCAUUCACGAAAAUAACCGAGAAUUUCAGGGAAACGUGGAAAUUUUCUUUGAACUUCUGCAGAGCAGCGACAAAGUGAUUGUUCAUAACCGUCAGCUUUCGAUCUGGAAUGUGAGGCUCUUUUCUGUGGUUGGUGAACAAAAUUUAGUUGAGCUAGGUUUACCAGCAUUCGAAACUGAUACCCGCACAGAGCAUUUGAUUAUUCAAAGCGAAAGCUUACUCGAACCUGGUAGCUACAUGGUGAGGAUUCAGUACACAGGAAGGUUGCAGAACAAUAAUAAUGUAGGAUUCUACGCUUCAUCGUAUGUGGAUAACGACGGCAACAGGCACUACAUUGCUUCAACCAAACUCGAAUCUACCAAUGCAAGAAUGGCUUUCCCUUGUUUCGAUGAACCCCAGCUGAAGGCUUCUUUCUCGAUUGCUUUAAUCCACCACAAAGAUUACCAUGCAGUGGCUAAUAUGCCCCAAGAAGGUAAUCUAGAGGUAGAUACAAUGGAUCCAGAUUAUGUAGUCACGCGGUUCCAAAAAUCGACUGUAAUGUCGACUUUCCUAGUGGCAUUUGCUGUUACCAAUUUCGCCAUUCGUACCAGAGGUACUCAAACGGUUUAUGCUAGACCGAAUGUAUUCGAGGAGACAGAAUAUCCACUGGACGCCGGUAUCGACAUUCUGGAAGCUUUGGGCGAUUAUCUGGGUAUUCCGUACAUCAGUCAUAUGCCCAAAAUGACUCAGAUUGCCAUUCCAGAUCGUACCUCGAGUGCUAUGGAAAACUGGGGUCUCGUUUCUUACGGUGAACCCGUUCUGCUGUUCAAUCCAGCUAUCAAUUCUUAUCGCACCAAGAAAUCGGUCACAACCAUUAUUGCCCACGAGUUCGCCCAUCAGUGGUUCGGUAAUCUUGUUACGCCGGAAUGGUGGACAUACGUAUGGCUUAAGGAGGGAUUCGCUACUGUUUACGAAUAUUUGGCGGCAACCUUGGCCUACCCGGAAAACGACUAUUGGGCCCUUUGGAACGUCGAAGUCAUUCAUAACGCGUUUGCAGCCGAUGCUCGGGAAACGGUACGUCCGAUGAAUUGGAAUGCCGGCAGCCCAAAUGAAAUCGCAGGCCUUUUCGAUACCGUAGCGUACGAUAAAGCGGGAAGCGUUUUGAACAUGUUCCGCGAAGUGGUGGGAGAUGAAAACUUCCGUGUUGGACUUUCCGAUUACUUCAACCAAGCAAAGCUUGGCGUGGCUACAGAUAUUCAUCUUUAUCAGGGAUUGCAACUCGCUUUGAACGGACAGGAUAUCCUCUCAACAACUUCAUCUAUCCAGCAGCUGAUGGAAUCAUGGACCAAUGCUCCUGGUUUUCCUCUUCUAACGGUACGCCGUGAUUAUCAAAACGGUGUCGUCUAUUUGUCCCAAGAAAGGUUCCUCAGCGACCGUGUACUGCCAAAUACUCAUGUCUACCACAUCCCAUACAACUACGCUACGAAAUCGAAUGCUGAUUUCAGUACUCAGAAGUUCGACUGGCUUUCAAGCAAAGCUGAAAAAAUAUCUACUACUGCGUCUGCAGAAGAUUGGAUCAUUUUCAACAACAAACAAACUGGAUACUAUCGAGUGAACUACGAUCUUCAGAAUUGGAAGCUCAUCCUCAACACUCUACUAGAUAAUCCUGAAACAAUUCAUGUUCAAAAUCGUGCUCAGCUCAUUAACGAUGCCUACAACUUGGCCCGAGCUGAUCGUCUAGAUAUGGCCCUUGCUUUGGAACUACUGACCUACCUUAAAAAAGAAAACACUUAUCCCCCUUGGGCAGCCGCCAGUACUGUCCUGACCUACUUCAACAACAAAUUCCGAGGAACUCCCUACUAUGAACAUUUUGUUAAUUUUGCCCGAGAGAUUCUCACACCAAUCUAUGCAACACUUCCGAUUGAUUCCGUCCCACAAGGCGAAACUAUGCUACAGAAAUACCUGAAGCAAACUAUUUCUACCUGGGCAUGUCGAGUUGGCGUUCAAGAUUGUCUCAACAGAGCAGCUCGAGUAGUCUCACAAGCUGUAUCGGACAAAAAACCAGCCCAUCCAGAUAUCUCAACGGCCAUGUAUUGUUUCGGCUUACAAAAUGCGGGAGAAGCCGAGUACGUUUGGAUAUAUGAAUGGCUGCUAGCAUCCAAGAAUCAAGCCGAACGUGCGGUAUUGAUCGAUGCGAUGGGAUGCUCUCAGAACAAAGAAUUCCUCGUUUCGUUCCUCAUGACCUCGAUUGGAGGAGGAUCCACCUUUAAUUUCCUGGAAAUGGAACGAACCAGAAUUGUUUCAUCCGUCUACACCGGUAGCCGUAUCGGAGUCGAUGCUCUUAUCGAGUUCCUGAUGAUGGAAGAUGCAUUGGUUGAUGAGUUCAUUAGCCGAUUGGGCCAGAACACGCUGAACAACGCCAUUGCGAACAUUGCAGCUCGUACCAAUAACGGAGCAGAGCUCACUCAAUUUGAGACCCUGUUGGCCAGGUUGGGAACGAGGGUGAGUGCUGCUACUGCAACUUCAGCUCGGAAUACUGUGGCCAAUAACUUCGCUUGGUUCACGACCUUAGAGGGAUUGGUUUCGGUGGAGUUUUUCGAACGUUUCUAGUUGAUGACAAUGUCUACUAGGUGGGGCAAUAGCUCUCGUGCUUUCCAUUGUACAAUUUGACAUGAGCCCGA